UAUUUAUGUUUUACUGCGUUUUAGGCUUUUAACGGAAAAAAUUGGAACAAUGAUUAACUAUCAGAAGCAAAGAAAACAUGUCUUGGUUAAAAUGAUAAGUUAGAAAGAAGCCAGGUGGCACCAGACAUCUAGAAAUACACCAGAUAUGAGCUGUACCACAGAGUGUGCCACAUUUAAGAAGAGGAUAUUGAUAGCAUGUUUGAUUUUAAUUUUGGCUGAUAAUGUUAUAAGUAAAGAUUGUAGAACUGGUCAGAAACUAAGAGUAAACAUACAAGGCGACCAAAUAUGCUGUACUACUGUUAAAUGUGAAAAAAGCCAGCAGUUUCGUUAUUGUCAUUAUGAUGGAGAAUCAGACAUUUGCAAAAAUUGUACCAACAAUAGCUUCACUAAUGACCAGAUCGAUACCAGUCAAUGGCCUUAUCAUGACGAAAAACAUUAUCAGUCAGAACCCGAUGUAUGUGUUUCUCCUCCAAGCUGUGAAGCAGACGGAGUAGUUCUUGUUGGCCGUACAUGUCAGUGCAAUUUGAAUGGGGGCUAUUGGGGCAAAGAUCAACACAACUGCCAGUUAGAUAAACAAAAUUGUAGAAGAGCUGGAGUUCAGUUAACAUAUGAAGGUAAAUGUGUUCGAUGUUCGGGGGAUACAUUCAAAAAAGAAGAUGAUAAAUACAGACAAUGUAUAAACAAAACAUUAUGUAAAAGUCAUGAAAGAGAAAGUAGCAGUGGUUCCCCUACAAGUGACAGGAUAUGUGAAAAACUUCCCACAGAGAGACCUCCUAUUACAACAGCACCUCCAGACAUAGGAACAACAAAUAAGAUUGAAAAAGAGGAUGAUGAUUCCAUUCCAGGCUGGAUUGUAGCAGUAAUUGUACUUACGCUAGUCAUAGUUGUGGUGGUAAUUGCAGUACUGAUCAUAUUGUACAAGAAAAAUGAAAGCUUUGCUGGUUGCUGUCGUAGAUUAAUAGAAUAUUUCCAACGUGGAUUCCAAAGUAUAAGGGGACAUAGACCAGCAGGACCUCAGUUUGAGGCUGUUGCCUUAAAUGAAACUGGAGCAGUAGAACAUUCAGAAAAUGAGCCACAAGAAACAAGGAUAGAGAUGGAUGAAACCAGGCUAAGUAAUGGCAUAAAUGGAAACUGCUCACCUGCUGCAAAUGGUGGAGCUGGUAGUAAUAAGAACAAUCAUGAUAAACCAAGGAUCAGUAAUACAGACAGAAAUGAUACAAUUCCGAAACAUGUAUCAAAUGAGGAUUACCAAUUAAGUAGUUUAGAAGAUGAAACUGACCCAAAGUCAGUUAUAAACGACGUUGAAAGUGAAAGUAAUAUUCCAACUACAGUUGAGGAGGCAGAAUCUCAUCCACCAGGAAAAACUAAAGAAUCAGAUGGUUUUCAGUCAUUAUCUAGUAGUAUAUAUAAUGGCAGUAGUGGACAUGAAGCAGAUCAUAGUGCAUUAAGUAGUCAUGAUAGACAAUCUGAAUCAAUUCCUGAAAUGCAGCCAUCUUUACCUAAUUAUACAACUCCUAUGUCUGAAAAUGAUGCUUCAACAUCAACAGGAAAUAGACCAUCUUCAAGUCUUAUAGAGGAUUUAGAAACUAUGGACGGAAGUGAAAAGACUCCUGUUUUAACAACACCAGCAAAGAAGGAAAAAGUUAUAGGAUUAGUUGCACCGAUACCUAGGAGUCCUGAAAAUAACCCCGCAAAUCCUAAUUUCGGACAAGCUGACAACAGACAGCAUCAAGAUUUUCCACGAUCCAACACAACAGCAGGAGGCAUUGAAGUUGAAACCCCAACAAAUGAUCAAGAUUAUAAGUUCGCUCCUUCUCAUACUAAUCGUGCAGAACUAGAACCAUUGAUAGUAGAUGUACCUGGCAAACAAGCAACUGAAAAUCAACACUCUGUUGAACCAUCUGUUACUAAUAGAGACAACGAAAUAGCGGAGAAUGGUGCCCAACCUCCACAAAGAUCCUCAUCGGAGAAUGGUGUCCAGUCAACACACAGAUCUUCAUCUGAAAAUCUAACACAGCCUCUACGCACUUCUGGAACAACAGAGUCUGGUCAACUCCUUGUUUCACCUGAAUCAGAUAACAGCCAAGGGAGUAGCACUGCACAGAACAGCAUGGAGGAUGAUCCACAGGAAAAUAUGGAAGUUACUGCAAGGGCAAUAGCUAAUUCAAGGACAACACCUGUUGAUUAGUCAUCCAUAAAAGGAUUCUGCAGAUUAACUUCAUAAUUGACGCAAAUCUUUUUUUUUAUUUCUUUACUGUAAAUUCAGAAAUUAUUGCAAUGUUUUCAGUAUUGCGAAAAAUUGAAACAGGGUUAUAAUCGCAAUAAUUUAAAACUCGCAUUCAAUUUUUUUAUAUGAAUUAAACAGGAUUUUUCUCAAUAUUGUAAAACUUAAAAUGGCAUUUAAAUUAAGUCCAAAUUGACAAAAUUGCAAUAAUAAAUGUACACAAUAAUUUCUGAAUUUACAGUAUCUGAUAGUGCUUUGUACAAAUUUGACAUAAAUUUAAUACUUUAAAAAAAAUAAUUUUGAUUUAGUGCUACAUUUUGAAUAGUGCUAGUUUUCCUAUUGUGAGUCUUCACAUCAGGGUGAAUUCAAAUGUGUGGCGUAACUUGUGUACACCUCUUAAUCUAAAAAAACCUAUUUAAAUUAUUUUUAUAUAUAAAGAUGAAAAAAAAUCGACUAGCUCUACUACAAUGUAAACAGAAUUUUUAGGGUCAUGCUCCAGCUACAAGUCCUGGAUUUAGAAGUAUUAAAAAUUUAAAUCAGUAAUUUUAUGGUAUUAUAUUUACAUAUCACAAUUUUUUAUCAUUCCAGGUUUUAAGAAUUUAUUAAUUUAUUAACCAUAUUUAACUUGUUAAUUUUGCCUUUUUAACUAUUUUUUCAUUAACAUUGUCUUGUUGCAUUGUUAAAAUGUAAAUACUUUAUUAUGAGCAAAUAAUCUUAGUUGGAAAAGAAAAGUGUAGAAUUGUCAUAAGUGUUAUCACCCUUAUGUGAUGAUUUAUUUCUGGUGUUUGAUGACACUUUCAGCACUAUUGACCAUAUUAGGGAACAACCAUUUAACUUCAAGGAGGGUAUUUUGUUUUUUUCCAAAAAAUACAUUCUGAUCUGUACUUGAGGAAAAUAGAUAUUGUAGUCAAGCAGAUGACAAAAAAAUAUUCUGAAUCCACAUUUUCUCCAUACCUUAUAGUGUUAAAUUUUGAAAUUAUAAUUAGAUUGAUAGCGUUGAAUAACUAAAAAAGAUGCGCUUUGUGCGGAUUUAUUUUAACCGGAUAAAACACCAUACCCCCUUCUGCUUGAAGUUAAAUGGUUGCUCCCUUAUGUGUUCUGUUUUUAUUGAUGGAGGAAGUUGGAAUGCUCUGAGAGAACCUUAUUUGAAAAUCGGUCUGGUUGUGGAAAAUUAAUAUUAAAAAUCUACUCAUACUUUAACAUUAAGAAAUAGGAAUAGGUCUAUAAAACUGGUAUAAAAUAUUCCUUUCUAUAAAUAUUUAUUUAUGCCAAUUUUAUAGAAUGAACUGUUUACUUUUAAAUGUCAGCAAUAGGACUGAGAAAGGUUGAGAUAUGAAUAUAAAUAAAAGUAGGGGUUAGGAAACCAAAGACAUCAGUUCUGGAAUUGAAUUCUAUUUAGCGUGCCAUUUGAAUUUAUAGUGCCAUUUGUGUUAUAGUAUAUUGCAGAUUCAUUUAUCUUCAUGGUUACCAAUGUUUUUCAAUCAAGGAGAAUUUGUCUUUUCCUGGAUAUUUGAUUAUGUGGUGUUAUACAAGCCUAAAGAAAAUGUGUAUAUCGUAAAUUGGUGGUUGACCUAUAUUAUAAAAGCCACAUAAUUCAAGAAAAUUGGAAUCCUAGGCUAUCAAUUAUAAUAAAUCCACAGCUGUUUGAUUUAAAACCAUGAUUUAUUUACCAUCUAUGCAUUAUAAUAGCAUUCUGCUUUACAAAUUUAAACUCUUUUGUCAUUGUUUACGUGUUUUAAUUGUUACAGCUAUGAUUGUGAGAAUUUUGUAUAGUCAAGAACUUCAUUUCUGUGAUAUAUUUAACCAGUUCAAGGUUGUCUUUUUCUUAUAUACAUAAUACAUAGAGUGGGGUGCUCAUUUUUCGCCGGGGACACACUUUCACCGUUUUAGAAUUUUGAGGUGUAAAAACUUCAAAGGAUGGCUGAAAUGGAAGAAAUGUACCGGUAAUUUAUAUUUUUAUAACAAAUAUGAUAAUUUAUUAAACUGAGACAAAAUUGCGGCUCCUACCGAAAAUGACAGAUAAAGGACAACGAUUUUCAGACAAUUUCCUGAAUAAAAAACACGAUUUCAAAGAAGUAUUUCUAAGUAAAUAUUUGACUGAAUGCCCUAAUUUUGAUUUUUUUUACACCUUUGAAAUGUCUGCUAUUCAUCUAUAAUGCAAUUGAUUUGAUAAAAAUUGUUAAAAGCUGCGGUUAUUUGGUUUUAAAUAGAUGUGUAAAAACGGCGAAUAUGUAUACCCCAUUGACAAAAUAUCUGAAAAUUUCAAACACCCUUUAAUCGAACUUUUCAGAUGAUUUUUUUCAAACAAACCUGUGAGUUUUCAAGCUUAAGAAUAUUUUUCAUUUGAAGUUAUCUUCAUAUAGAAAUAUCAGUAUACUUCAAAAACAUUUAGGCCUGAACAUAAACUGUAGAAAACAUGGAAAGAUGUGGCGAAAAUGAGCACCCCACUCUAUAUGAUUUAUUCUGAUUAAACCCAUGCUUAUACAAAGGUAUACAGAAAAAUACAAAUAUAGAAAGUUAUAUAAUUGUAUAGUUGUAAAGUAAUAACAAUGUAUGAUAAUCAAUUACAGCAAAAUAUGAAUUAUAGUGUAAAGAUAGUGUAAAUGUAGUUGUUGUUUUGUUGACUCUAUUGAUUUGAGACAGAAUCCAUUUCUCUAUUAUUGUUAAGAAUUUACAAAGUUUCUUUAGUUAUGUUAUUUUUGACAAAUUCAUAAUACACGUUUUUAAUGUAAUUUUUGUCGAUGUUUUAUUUCUUUUCUUUUGAGAAGAAUGGGCAAGUUGUUAAUGUUGUAUCAUCAGCUAAUAUGUAUAAAAUCCUUUUAAAAUUUGUGUGUAUGUAUCAAUUUCUAUAGCUUUAACAUUUUUCAUUAACUUUGAAAUUAAGCUACAUGCUUGUAAUCAUGUUAUUACCUUACUUUAGUGAAUGAAGUUACUGGUUAAUUAAUAUGUAUUCAAAGUGCU